UCAGUAAAUCGAAUAUGCUAUAAGUAUCGCUUUCUAUUUCUUUCGAAAGACAUUCAUUUGUGACGUAAACUAGCCGGAUCGACCUAUUACUGUUUGGAGGCGUGAGCCAUUAAUUAAAGAAGAAGAAGCAUUGAAGUUUGAUAUUUUAGAGCACCAUGCCAAGCUGUUACAUCAAAAAUUGUACGAAUCGUGUACGGAUAAAUGAUAUAAAAUUUUUUAAAUUACCGAAAGAACCUGUUGUUCGCCAGCAAUGGCUAAAGGCCUGUGGAAAAAACGAAAGAGAAUUACCUAAAUCUGCAACGAUAUGUAGUAUUCAUUUCGAGGAAGACUGCUUUCGAUGGACAAAGCCACAAGAUAAUAUACCACCUAAGCAGAUAUGGCGAUUGAAGGAAAAUUCUGUCCCUACAAAAUUGUUGAAUAUGGAAAAGAAUAAUAAAAGAAAAAAUGAUAAUAAAAGAAUAAAAGUGGCAGGUGUACCAACCUAUGGACAACUUGUGCAACAUGCGCGAGAAAAGCAGCAUAUACUUUCAGACGAAACAAUUUGCAUGGAUACAAAUAUUUGUAAAGAUGAGUCCAUUUUAUUUCCAGAUGUUGCAAUAAAAGAAAUCACAUACGCCGCGCUGGGAUUUACGCAGCAGAAGUCAGAAAAAAUAGGAGCGGAGAUAAUUUUCUUGCAACUACUUUGUUAUAUGCCUUUAUAUUAUAUUAGUAUUGUGUUAUGAUUUCAAUUU